AAAUUAUUAUAGUUCGCGGGUUUAUUGAUUUGUCAAUAUACUCGCUAGAGCGCGCAUUCCCAUUCAUUCCCGGACGUUCUUUAUGUCACUCUCCGCAAUGGUAUACAUGGAAUUGUACACUCAUCUGGAAAGCUAUUCGAUUGAGAAAGGUCAUUCUGAAAUUGUUGUGAAAGCGGCCAUAAAUGCGUGUGAUAAGCUUAACAAGUACUACCCAACGUCUGAUGGACUGGUAUAUGUCGUUGGUUUAAUAUUGGAUCCAAGAAGUAAACUCACGUGGUACUCCUGCAAUCCGACAUAUUUUUCAAUUGAACUUGUCAAAGAAUACAGAGGUGUCAUCACAAAAUAUUGGAACGACCGAUAUAAACCAGCUAAUUCCACUCCGGAGCAAAACGAAGCUGACCAAACUUCUGAAGAUGAUCUUUUUACCUCUCAAAUGAAACGGGCAAGGUUUGACGCCCGAGAUGAGCUGCAAAUAUAUUUAUCAGCAAGCGUUAUUAGUCCCGGGUCACCGUCCAUGAAAAGCGGUCCGCUUGGCUGGCGGAAAGCACACGAAAACGUGUACCCAAAUUUAAGCAAAAUGGCGAAGGACUUCUUGAGUGCUUCAGGAACGGGAGUACCAGUGGAACGAUUCUUUUCAGGCGGGACAGAUUUGGUGACUCCAAAACGGCAAAGACUGAAUGCGGAAACAAUCCGCAAAACAAUGUGCAUAAAGGGAUGGAUGCGUAGCCGAAACAAUAAAUUUAAGGAAUACGCAUCUGUUGCUAUUAAAGGAAAAAUGGGGGGCGGGAGUGACUAAACCGACAUAUAUUUCAUUGAGAAUUUAAAGCUUUAAAUAAAAAUAUUGGCUUUAUAAUAUUUCUGGGAAGAAUAGUAUAUUUUUAAAUAUAUAAUUUGCUCAGCAUCAAACUUAUCUCUUAAUUUUGCAUAUUUAACUUGUAGAUCAUUUACAGUAACUAUAAUUUGUAGCCAAAAAAAGUAGCACAGCACUUAAAAUCAAAAUAAUUUCGGGUUUUUCGGGUUCGGGUUUCGGAUUUGAUCUGCCAGAAGGGGUUCGGGUUCGGGUCCGUGCAAACGGGUUUCGGGUUCUCCGGGUUCGGGUUGGCUUUGGGUUUCGGAUCAGAAGUACCGGGUUUGGGUUCGGGUUUCGGAUUUGCAAGAACCCGACCCGUGAGAACCACUACCGGAAACGAAACGGAAACGCGUUUCGUUUCCGUUUCUAAUCCGAAACG